UCAAGUGCUGAAGUGCCGCUGUGUGUCCGUUCCGUGCCGUUCGCGUUUUGUGUCCCCGUAUUUUGAGAGACUGAGUCCGUGAAGAGUUGAAACUGAAUAUUGUGUGGACACUUUCGGGAAAACGUGACAUCUGUACGCGUGUGAUUGUGUGUUUGGACUUUAAGGAGAUCUUCAGCGCUACUGAUUAACACUGCUCGCGAGGAAUUUGGAGAUCGCAGUAGGCCGAGUGAGCAGCUCAUAACUUUGGAACGAGCGGCACAGUGCAAAGUCGUCGCCAAAAGCAGCGAAAAGUUGAAUGUUUGCUCAAAAAACGCUCCGACGUGUAGUGCGGUGAACAGCUCGACACACGUAGAAAGAAAUUUAUUUAUUUUCAUUUACAAUUACAAACGUGUGCUCGCGGAAAGUGUGUUCCUCGCGGGAAGCUGGGAGCUCCCCCCAAUCCCUCGGCCCUCAAUCGAAUCCUCUGGCAAGGAUGGUUAUUUUUUGCCUGCUUUCAUGAGAAAUAUCUCAUUAUAUUGUUUUACGCUCGCGGUGGAGCGAACGGGUGCGAGCGCUCGCGAGUGAGCGAGACACGAAGAGCCGAAGGAGCCGCGCGAAGAGACCUGUGUGGCGACGAAUACACGGGAGGGAAGAGAGCAAGAAAGAGUGCGCGCAGCAAAGCAGCAGCGAGCCCAGAGUGUGUGGAUGUAAUACAAAGUGAAAUACAAAAAUAUUUUUAUAAUAAAAUAAAGCCAAAAGGCCCUGCAGAGCGGUGCGGCGAGAGAAGUGAAGCGAGGGGCUCGCGCAAGGUGAAGAGAAGAAACGGCGAGCGGAGAGCGAGCGAUCGCAGGAGGCUGCGGAAGAAAGCGCUCGCGUGAAGAGCGCAGAAGAAAAAAGUACGAGAAAGAAUUUUUUAAAAGGAAAUUUUUGUAGCUGCAAAUAAGAAUUUUAAUCACAAAAUUUUUCGGAUACAUUUUGAUUUUGCGUAUAUGAUUAAAACAAAGUGAGAUUAAAUUUAUUUUUAGUAUUCCUCCUCGCACUCAGCUUCGCGCGAGUGGAAAAGCUGAAAGAGUUUUGCGCGAUCAAAAAGAAAAAAAAAAAGCAAAAAAGAGGAAGGUUUUGUGACCGCACCGCGAAACUGAAGUCAAUUUUCGGUGGAGUUUCUGCGGAAGAAAGUUUGUGUGUUUGUGUGGUGAGCUAAUGGAGAGAAGAAAAAAAAGUAGCCGUGCCAGUUUGUUUGGAUGGUCCCUUCGGCCAGCUAUGAUGAAGUGUUGAUUUGUUUCGAUACACAAACGAAACCCCACCAGUCAAAGUAGGCAAAAGAAGAUUAUAAGGAAGUGAAGAUUUCAACGGAGAGAAAAAGUCAAGGCAACCCAGAUCGAGCGCAAUACUAGAAAGAAAAAGAGGAGAGAGGCAGCAACAGUCGAAAGAAGAAAACGAAGCAAUAGAAAAGGGCACACACAAAAGAGCGGAGAAAAGGAAGAAAGUGCAACACCGAACGACCGAAGAGCUCGAGCGGAGCUCGAGAACAAAAGGCCGGCGCAGCUCAGCGCGCAAAAUUGAGCGGGAUUAAGGGAUUAUACGCCUCUUCUCACAGAGAGACAGAGCGCUGUAAAAGAAGGCCAUCCCUUUGCGGGAAACCACCACAAUAGCCAACCUGCCACCACCGCCGCCACACGCCCCAGAACGAUGGAACCUGCCCCGGCGCAACGCGUGUCGAGCCGGCCCUGCCUCCGUCAACGAUCCACAGUCGCGAGUCGCCGGUGAUGAUAGCCAGACUGCCGACCGCACAGAACCCGCAGCCGCAGCGCAAGCUAGCACUAGUCAAUUCACAUUGUCCACCGGGAUGGCCUCGAUCAGCGGCUGCUUCCGGUUUCGCCACAGAAAGAUGUCCCUGCUGUGGUUGCUGCUUAUGAUAUGUGCUUUUACGGGCGAUCGAGGAGGAGGAGGAAGAGGGGGAAUUCGGUUAGUGCGGGGGGAGCACGUGCGAGAACUGGAAGUGUCCGAGGGGGUGCAGAUCGGGCACCAGAUUGGGUUCAUCGGGGAGUUUCUGCACGGGGUGGACAGUGGGCCACCGUACUUGAUCGUGCCGGUGCCGGGCAGUGCCGUGGAUACGGAUUUGGCGAUCGAUCAUACUACGGGGGAGAUCCGGACGAAGAUCGCGCUGGACCGGGAGAAGCGGGCGUCGUACUCGCUGGUGGCGAUACCGCUGAGCGGGGAGAACGUCCGCGUUGUGAUACGGGUGCUGGACGAGAACGACAAUGCGCCGACCUUCCCGACGGCACUGAUGAACAUCGAGUUCCCGGAGAAUACGCCGCGGGACGUGAAGCGGACGUUGAAUCCGGCGCGGGAUUUGGACCUGGGGAGGUACAACACCCAGCGGUACAAUAUCGUGUCCGGAAAUGUAAAUAAUGCGUUCCGGUUAUCGUCGCACCGGGAACGGGAUGGCGUGUUGUAUCUGGACCUGCAGAUCAACGGGUUCCUCGAUCGGGAAACAACCCCUGCUUAUAGUCUCGUUGUAGAGGCACUGGACGGGGGAAAUCCACCGCUGCGGGGGUUGAUGACGGUGAACAUAACGAUCCAGGACGUGAACGAUAACCAGCCGAUCUUCAACCAGAGUCGGUACUUUGCGACCGUCCCGGAAAACGCCACGAUCGGGACGACGGUUCUGCAGGUGUACGCGACGGAUCAGGACGCAACGGAGAACGGGAUGGUCGAAUACGCGAUCAACCGAAGGCAAAGUGACAAGGAUCAGAUGUUCCGGAUAGAUCCGCUGACGGGGCUGAUCUCGGUCAACAAACCGCUCGAUUUUGAGACCAAGGAACUGCACGAACUGGUUGUGGUGGCGAAGGAUCGAGGACUGCAGCCGUUGGAGACUACGGCUUUUGUGUCGAUACGAGUGACCGAUGUGAACGACAAUCAGCCGAUAAUAAAUGUGAUAUUUUUGAGUGACGAUGCAACUCCCAAGAUUUCCGAAUCGGCUCAGCCGGGGGAGUUUGUGGCGCGCAUUUCAGUGAAUGAUCCCGACUCGAAGACGGAAUACUCGAACGUGAAUGUGACGCUGUCCGGGGGUGAGGGCCACUUUGGGUUAACCACGCGGGAUAAUAUUAUCUAUCUGGUGAUUGUGUCGCUUCCGUUGGAUCGUGAAAUUAAACCGAAUUAUACGUUGAGUGUUGUGGCUACGGAUACGGGGAAUCCGCCGUUGCACGCGGCCAAAACGAUCUUCCUGACCGUGACGGACAUCAACGAUAACGCGCCCGAGUUCGAGAAGGAAAUCUAUCACGCGAACGUGAUGGAGGUGGCCGAUCCGGGCACGUCGGUGAUCCAGGUGACGGCCAUCGACAAGGACGAGGGCAACAACUCGGCGAUCGCGUACUCCCUUCUGGAUACGCCCGAUACGCACUCGCAGUGGUUCCAGAUCGAUGCCAACUCGGGCCUAAUCACGACCCGGGCCCACAUCGACUGCGAAACCGAUCCGGUGCCGCAGCUGAUCAUCCUGGCCAAAGAUAAUGGCUACCCGCCGCUCUCGUCCACCGGAACCGUCCUGGUCACCAUCCACGACGUCAACGAUAACGAGCCCAUCUUCGACCAGAGCUUCUACAACGUCUCCGUGGCCGAGAACGAACCCAAAGGACGCUGCAUUCUAAAGGUAUCCGCUACCGAUCCGGACUGUGGCGUCAAUGCGAUGGUAAAUUACACCCUCGGCGAAGGCUACAAGAAGAUCACCGAGUUCGAGGUGCGAUCGAGCACCGGCGAGGUUUGCAUUGCGGCCGAACUGGACUACGAGACGCGCAACUCGUACGAGUUUCCGAUCAUCGCCACCGAUCGAGGGGGUCUAAGUACCACGGCAAUGGUCAAGAUCCAGCUGACCGAUGUCAACGAUAACCGGCCGACGUUCUACCCGCGAGAGUACAACGUGUCCCUGAGGGAAUCGAUGCCGACGAAUUCACUGCUGUCCACGCCGGUAGUUGUUGUGGUCGCAACCGACUCUGACUCGGGUAACUUUGGCACGAUCAGCUAUCGGAUCGUGGCGGGGAAUGAAGCCGGGAUCUUCCGGAUGGAUCGACUUACCGGGGAGAUCUUCGUAGCACGACCCAACAUGCUGUCCAGCCGAAGUCAACCGUACCAUCGGUUGAACAUCUCGGCUAGUGAUGGCGGAGGGCUACGAUCAACGCACGAUGCUGAGGUUUUCAUUAGCGUGAUCGAUGCUACGCAGCGACCUCCGAUCUUUGACAAGCCUCGCUAUACGUACUACGUAAAGGAGGACGUCAAGAAGAACACGGUCGUCGGUACGGUAUCUGCUAGCAGUAGCAACUCAGGAAGUCGCAGCUCGAUCAGGUACUUUAUCUACUCUGGAGAUCCGGACGGGUACUUCGCGAUCGAUCCCGUCUCCGGUAACAUCCGGGUUGCCAGCACGCUGGAUCACGAAACGAAGCCGCAAGUCUUGCUGAAUAUCCAAGCGACCAGUGGUGAUCCUCCCGCGUACGGUCACACCCAGGUCAACAUCGACAUCGAGGACGUCAACGACAACCCGCCAGAGUUCGAAUCCAGCACUGUUCGGAUCUCGGUUCCGGAAAACGUCGAAAUAGGGUCACCCCUGUACGCUGCUAACGCUCACGACAAAGACUCCGGAAUGAGUGGUGUGAUCACGUACCGACUGAGCAACAACGGACCGUCCACGAGUAGCCUAUUUGCCGUAGACAGCCGCUCAGGUCAUCUGAGUCUGGCUCGACCGCUGGACUACGAAACCACGCAGCGACACAUGCUGAUCGUGACCGCUUCCGACUCGGGCAUCCCACUUCUCUCAACAAACCUCACGAUCAUGGUCGAGGUGCAGGACGUCAACGACAACCCACCGAUCUUCGAGAAGACCGAAUACUCGAUCAAGGUGAUCGAAUCGACUCCCAGUAACUCACAGAUCGUCCAAGUCACGGCGGUUGACGCCGACACCGGUAACAACGCUCGCCUCACCUACCGCAUCCUUGGAGACGACCAGCGGCAACGCUCCGGCAAGUCCACGUCUUCCGACGAGCACGUCCCGGACAUCUUCGGCAUCUUCCCCAACAGCGGUUGGAUCUACCUCCGAACGAAGCUCGAUCGCGAACUUCAAGAACGCUACAACAUCACCGUGAUCGUCAGCGACAACGGAGUCCCGACGCUGACGGCCACCACCCACGUGAUCGUGACCGUGCUGGACGCGAACGACAACAGCCCAAUCUUCCCGAAGCAGCUGUACGAGUUCGAGAUCGAGGAGAACAUGCGACGCGGGUCGGUCAUCGGGCAGGUUACCGCCAGCGAUGCCGACACCGGCAUCAACGCGGUCGUUCGGUACAGCUUGAUCCCGAGCAACAGCAGCUUCCAGAUCAAUCCGGUGUCAGGCGAAAUCACCACCCGGGACAGCCUCGAUCGCGAAACCAAGUCCGACUACGACCUCGUGGUGGAAGCUCGCGAUCAGGGGACGCCCUACCGCAGCUCGCGCAUCUCGAUCAAGGUGAAAAUCCUGGACGUCAACGACAACGCACCGGACAUUGUGGACCCGCAGGAGGAUGUGGUUAGUGUGCGCGAGGAGCAACCGAUUGGAACGGAGGUGGUACGCGUUAGGGCGAUCGAUCGCGACAACGGAGCCAACGCCUCGAUCACGUACUCAAUUCUGAAGGGUCGCGACUCGGACGGGUACGGAAUGUUCUCGAUCGAUCCGAUUUCCGGUGUUCUUCGAACGAAGGUAUCGCUGGAUCACGAAGAAAAGACGAUCUACCGGUUAGCGGUGGCAGCUACGGAUAAUGGGAAACCUCCACGACAAACGGUGCGCGUGUUGAGGAUCGAAGUCCUGGACCUGAACGACAAUCGGCCAACCUUCACCAGUUCUAGUUUGGUCUUCAGGCUUCGCGAGGACGUCGGCGUAGGUCACGUGAUUGGUUCGAUCAGUGGCAGCGAGCAGUCCGACCUGGACAACCUGAUAACCGCCACCAACGAUCUGCACAUCACGUACACGCUGACUCCGCUGACGAACGACAUCACCGAGGGCGCGUUCGAUAUCGAUCGCAACUCGGGCAAGCUGGUCGUGGCACGAUCACUCGAUCGCGAGCAACAAAGUGAGUACCGGAUGGAGAUCCGUGCGUUGGACACCAGCGCAAGCAACAACCCGCAAAGUUCGGCCGUAACGGUGAAAAUCGAGAUCGCCGACGUGAACGACAAUCCGCCAAAGUGGCCUAGCGAUCCCAUCAACGUGUACAUCUCGGAAGAUAGCCCGGUGGGUGCGAUCGUGUUCAACUUCACGGCAACGGACAGUGACUCCGGUACGAACGCUGAGCUCAAGUACAACCUCUCCAAACCGGCAAUUCCGCAGAAGGAGUUCUUCUCAAUCGACUCACUAACCGGAUCGUUGACCUUGUUGGCACCACUGGACUACGAGGAAACCAAAGAGUUCUUGCUGAUCGUACAGGCCACCGAUCAAUCUUCGAACGCAACCGAACGAAUGACCACCUCUGCUACGGCUCGGAUCAUGGUCACCGACGUAAACGACAACUCGCCUAGUUUUGUCGUUCCGCAGGCCCAGGAUACGGUCGUUUACAUCAGCGAUUCGCUCGAAGUGAACCAGAUCGUUGCGCAUACCGUAGCAAUUGAUCGCGAUAGUGGAGAGAACGGGAGGAUCGUGUACAAGAUCGUAAGUGGGAAUGAUGACGAACGGUUUGUGAUUGACCCCGACAGUGGGUUUGUCAAGCUGGCGAAACCAUUCAGCAGUAAUUUCAUUGCGGAUAGUACGAAGAACUCGGUGACUGGCAGGUACAAUCUCGUCAUCAGUGCAUCCGAUCAGGGAGUUCCACGUUCGAAGGAAACCAAGAUCAACAUCCAGAUUGUUAUCCAGAAUACCACCAACAACCCACCGAGAUUCCUGGAGUCGGUGUACCACGUGAACAUCAGUGAAAGUGUACCAACGGGUAGUUUUGUGGUUCGAGUCUCCGCCAAGUCAUCCAACGACAACGGUAAUGCCAACCUAACCUAUGAAAUCCCGAAGGGCGUUGGCGAGGAUCACUUUGUGGUGGACUCGGUGCGUGGCAUCGUAACGACACGGGGAACGUUCGAUCGCGAGUCCAAGGACAUGUACACGAUCCCAAUUUACGUGACGGAACAGAACCGCUUCAAGAGUGCCGGUUCCGGCACAUCCAAGGACAUCAGCCAGUUUGACAUCGCAACGCUUGUGGUUCGCGUCACGGACGUCAACGAUCAUGCCCCAGAGUUUCUGCCCGGGUCGUGUUAUCCUCUGGCCGUGCCGGAGAAUAGUGAUCUGUCGGUGAUUCACACCGUUGCUGCCAGCGACGCCGACGAGGGAUUAAACGGAGAGAUUACGUACAGCAUUUCUGGUGGCAACAUUGGCAACAAGUUCAGCAUCGACAUCAACACGGGAGCGAUCACGGCUCGACCGCUGGAUCGUGAGGUUCACGCGAGGUACGUUCUGCAGAUUACCGCCCAAGAUCGGGGAUCUCCAACGUCGCAGCAGGGUCACUGUAACAUAACGAUCCGCGUCGAGGACGAGAACGACAAUGAUCCUAAGUUUGAGCUGCAGAAGUACAUCGCAACCGUUGACGAGGAUGCCCAGCUGGGUACGACGGUCCUUACGGUGAAGGCGGUUGACGCAGAUAUUGGAAUCAAUGCGAGGAUCGUGUACUCGUUGGCUAACGUAACCGAGUGGCUGUUCGAUAUCGACAGCAAAAGUGGUGUCAUCACUACGGCAGGAAACUUCGAUCGCGAGCGUCAAAGCAUCUACCACUUUAUGGUGGUUGCGACGGACGGAGGUCGGUACAACGCCCGCUCGCAGAGCGUUGCCGUCCAGGUGAUCAUCGCCGACGUCAACGACAACAAGCCGGUGUUUGACAAAUAUCCGUUCAAGGAGCAAAUCGGAGCGCUGGUACAACCAGGUCAAACACUGCUACACAUUUCGGCAACGGACGCCGAUCAGGGCAGCAACGGGGAGAUCGUGUACAGUCUGAACGACAACCCGAACAACUCCAAGUUCCGGAUCAAUCCCAGUACGGGUGCGUUGAGUGCCACGCAGUCGUUGGCGAGCGAGAAUGGUCGACUGUUGCACAUCGAGGUCACGGCUAGGGAUAAGGGCAAUCCACCCCAGGUCGCUACCGGCUUGAUCGAGCUAAGGAUUGGUGAUCUUCAGCAAGAAUUGCCGGCGCUGAGAUUCCAGAACAAUUCGUACAAGGUCAACCUAGUUGAGAAUACACCAAUUGGACAAACCGUGCUGCACCUGAAUGCCGUUCGUAGUGACGGCAGACGUCAGAAGAUCAUCUACAGCUUCGGCUCGGGUAAUGAAGACGGUACUUUCUCGAUCGAUGCGGUGACUGGGGAGAUCAAGAUUCGCAACUCACAAAACUUGGAUUAUGAGCGAUUCAGCAGGUUGAAAUCUGACGGGAUCGAGUUGGUGGUUGUGGCGAGGACCGACGGUAGCCCACUUCUGUACGGAUAUUGCUCGAUCAAGGUCGAACUGCAGGACGAGAAUGACAAUUCUCCACGGUUCACCCAGCAGCAGUACUCUGCGUCAGUUUGGGAGGGUAACAACAAGGGUGCUUUCGUGAUCAAGGUCGGAGCGUUUGACGCCGACCAGGGUUCGAACGCCCACAUCCUGUACCACAUCGUCGACGGAAACCACGACAAUGCGUUCAUCAUCGAGCCCGCUUUCAGCGGCAUUGUCAAGACGAACAUCGUGCUCGAUCGCGAAAUUCGAGACAAGUACAAACUGAAAGUGAUUGCUACCGACGAGGGUGUGCCGCAGAUGACCGGAACGGCUACGAUCAACGUCAACAUUGUGGAUGUGAACGACAACCAACCGACGUUCCCUCCCAACAGCGUUAUCAGCGUGAGCGAAGCAACCAACCUGGGUACCGUGCUGACGACCAUCACCGCCAACGACGUCGACACAAACCCCCCGCUGACGUACAGCUUCGGCGACAGUCUGGACGACGAUGCGGCGGCGUACUUUGCGAUCGAUCGCUACAGCGGCAAGGUGAUCCUCAUCAAACCGCUGGACUACGAGGAACGCCACGAGUACCAGCUGAGGAUCCUCGCGUCGGAUUCGGCCCACGUAGCGCGAACAACGCUGACGGUGCGCGUAACCGACGUUAACGACAACCCGCCGGUGUUCCAGCAGAUCACGUACCACGCUAUGCUGAAUGACGACUCCGAAAGCAACACCAACAUCGCGAUCAUCGCCGUUAACGCGACGGACGUGGACAGCGAGGGUAACGCCGCCAUUCGGUACGCGAUCAGUCCACCGUCGCCAGGGUUUGCAAUCGACGAGCUGACAGGGCAGUUGUUUGUCAACAUGAGUCAGGUGAACCGGGCGCGAUCGGGAACGCUGUACCUGACGGUCGUCGCAACGGACUCGGGUCGGCCGCAGCUCAGCAGCUCAACGACGGUUAGGUUAGAGUUGAAGUCCAAGAGUAAGGCGAAUCCACACUUUAUCCAGAAUCAGUACAGGUUAUCGGUUAAUGAAGACGCCCCAACGGGUACGGUCAUUACGAAUCUCAUCCCAAAGGCGAUCGCUGAUCAGCCGGACGUAAGCUCGAGCAUCGCGUUCGAAAUCAUCGAUGGCAAUGAGGAUGGAGCGUUUGAGAUAUCGUAUCCGUCGGGAGCGAUCCUGCUUGUGAAACCGCUCGAUAGGGAGAAGAUCGACUAUUACGAACUGCGACUGGUCGUUACCGAACCGGGUGCUCGGAUGGUGUACAAGGGUAUGAACAUGACCUCGGCCAUCCGGGUUACGAUUACGGUGGAAGACGCAAACGACAACGCUCCAGAAUUCCAACCGGGUCCGUACGAGGUCUCGAUCAGUGAGUCUGCCGCGAUCAAGUACUCGAUCGCGAUGAUUUCUGCCGUCGAUGCUGACCUGGUAAACUCUCCCAACUCGGAAGUGGUUUACCAGAUCAUAUCUGGCAAUGAUGGUGGCAUGUUUUCGAUCGAUCUGAUCACCGGUUUGCUGUACAUUAACAACAACCUGGACUACGAUCGUGGUCAAAUCCAGUACAACCUGGUGAUCCGGGCUUGUGACAGCUAUGUUGUUCCGAAGUGUAGCAUCCACCCGUUCAUUAUAAAUCUGACCGAUGAGAACGAUAACGAGCCGCAAUUCCCGGUGCCGGAAUAUCUCGAGUUUGUCGGAGAGAACGAACCAGUUGGGAUCAGUAUCUUCACGGCUCGGGCGACCGACAUGGAUCGAGGCAUGUAUGGUAACGUCAACUACUCGAUCGAGAACGCGCUGGCCAGUGGAUACUCCGCCAUUGACGAUGGCUGGAAGUUGUUCAAGGUCGAUUCGAUUAGUGGGGUUAUCAACUCGAACGCUGUGUUUGACUACGAAGAGAAGAAUCGGUACUCGUUCACGCUGAAGGCAACGGACUCGGGGGGUAAAUCGAAAACCGUCAAGGUUAAGAUCUUGAUCGAGAGUCGCGACGAGUUCAGUCCUCAGUUCACGGAGCGUACGUAUAGGUUCGUGUUGAAAACGCCGGACACGGGUCAUCUACCCGUUGGUUACGUAGUUGGUCACGUUACGGCGACUGAUCGCGAUCGUGGCCCGGACGGGCGGAUCGUGUACCAGCUGACUACGCAACAUCCGUACUUUAAGAUGAACCGAACGACGGGUGCGAUCUUGAUCAAGAAGAAGUUGGACAACUUGGCGGCAACGCUGGAGUCGGGACGGGACAUAAGCCUUGUGGUUACGGCGAGUUCCGGACGGCAGGGAUCGUUGACCAACAUGACGGUGGUGGAGAUUUCGAUCGACGCGUUAGGACACAACAAGAUUGAUGGUGCCGGUGGAGACUACGGAAGCUCGGAGUCGGUUUCCGCGAGCAAUGGUUUGGCUAAUUGGGCUCUCGGGUUACUGAUCUCGAUCUUGCUAGUGGUCAUUACGGCCGCGUCAAUCUUCCUCUUUUUGCACAUGCGAAAUCGUCAGCAAAAGCACGUGAAUAAAAGUGGUCUGAGUUCGGAGUCGGUUGGUCACUCGAACAACUACGUUGACCCGAGCGCAUUCGAUACGAUCCCAAUUCGGGGCAGUUCGAGUGGGGCGAAUAACGCCGGACAGUUUGCGCCGCCAAAGUACGACGAGAUUCCUCCGUACGGGGCGAGUUCGAACUCGGGAGCAGCGACCACGUCGGAACUGUCUGGGUCUGAGCAGUCGGGAUCGAGUGGACGUGGGUCGGCUGAGGAUGACGGUGAAGAUGAAGAGAUUCGUAUGAUCAAUGAGGGAGGUCCGCUGCAACGCGACGGACUUCAGCUCGACGGUCGACUGUCGGAUGUUUCCGUGCAGAACACGCAGGAGUAUUUGGCAAGGUUGGGCAUCGUUGAUAACGCUACGACCGGGAAUGCCUCGAAUUCUUCCAGAAGGUGUUCCGAGAGUAUAGGACUGGGGAGUUCCAAGGACGCAAUGCUUCAUCAUACGCUGCCAAUUGAUACGUUGCACAUGUUCGACGACGAGCAUCGGGAGUCGGAUUUGACCAACUUGAUCUACGCCAAGUUGAACGACGUUACGAACAACAGUGAUCGUGCCAGUAGUGUGGACGAGACGGUUACGAACGCCGGUAGUAUAGGGGCCGCGGUUGAUCAUGUCAUGAUGGGUAACUACGGUGACGUACCAGUCGUGGGUGGCCAACAGGGCAUCUCUAUGAACGGUUCCCUUAGCUCGAUUGUACAUAGUGAGGAGGAACUGACGGGCAGUUACAACUGGGACUACCUGCUCGACUGGGGUCCCCAGUAUCAACCGCUGGCGCACGUGUUCUCGGAGAUUGCUCGGCUCAAGGACGAUACCCUGUCGGUCCACAGUGGCAACAGUGGCACGUCCAGUGCCAAGAGUAAAAACUCCCUUCACCACACCGUGAAGAACGUCCCACCGCCACUGCUUACCAACGUGGCACCCCGGUCCAUCAACGUGCCCGGGUUCUCCGCACGGGGCACCAGUGGCCACCACGGUCAAGCCCCCAACCAGUACCUGCUACCGCGGUCACCCAUCAGUCACGACUCGGCGGCCGGCUUCAGCACCUCCUCCGCCAUGUCCCCGAGCUUCUCCCCGUCCCUGUCCCCGCUGGCCACGCGGUCACCCUCGAUAUCGCCCCACGUGGUGUCGACCGGUGUUCCGGGCUCGCACCACAUGGUCUCACUGCCACGACCUCCACAGCAGCGCGGCCAGCGGAAGCCCUACUAAAAACCGUCGACGCUUACUGUGAUUACUACAUCCCUUACCCCUACACAAAACAUAAAAACACAAACAAGACUGUAAAUAAGAGACGCUCAGUACGUUCCAUGGCAAGCUACGAUAAAUGUACAGAUUUUAUUGUACAGUUUCCGCGUUUAGACAAAAUUUUAAUUAAAGCAAAUUGUUAGCCCGUAAGUUUUAAAAACACUCCAACUCAAAACGAAAGUGCCUUUCAAGUACGCAGAUAACUGAACUGUACAUAAAGAUUUUAAUAUAAACUAUUAAAUGAAUUGUAAAAAAAAGAAUAUGUAUUUUAGUAGAGCAUUUGGUUCCAACGGAACCAGCCAGUGUUUUAAAUCGCGAAGACAGUUUAGGGAACAAAAUGUGUAAACCAACGAUUUUAAUCAAUUUUUAUCAUACUUGUAAGACUGUAAAUAAAUACUCUCCUGUUAAUAUUAGCCGAAAAUGAACAAAAAAUAAAACGAAAAAGCAAACAGAAUUUAUGUAAAAUAUUAACAGAGAUAUCGUCAGCAUUUUAAGUUUGUUUUUCGAGGAAAAGACUGUUAAGCAUGUAUAGCUUUUCGUUAAAGAAAAUAGUGUGUAUUCUAAUAAAACAAAAGUAAGCGUUCGCCGAACAAUUAAGCAUUUGCGCGUAGCUCAAAACAAAGUCGCAUUUAGCAGAUUUUCAUACUCAUACUGUGAAGAGAACAAAGUACCACCACCAUCAUCCUGCAAAUAUAUAUCGUGUUAGGUAAACCAAUUUCUUCCACGCCACUGUUUCAAAAUUGUUCUACUGUGUAUAUUUAUAUAUUUUUCUUUUUUUUUUUUGCAUAAAGGCCAUAUGUAAGCAGCUGAAGCGAUACAAGUUUUAAAAAUAAAUGUAUU